UAUACAUAGGACAUAGACAUGCAUGAGCAUUGUUUACUUGCAAAUCUAUUUUUAAAAUGUGAAAGACGUAAGUAAAAUUUUUUUAAUAACUUCGUCAUUUGGCUCAAAAUUGUCAAAAUUACCAAGUAUUGCAUUAAUCAAGUAAUAUACCAAAUUCAAUAUGCGUGAAAUUGUUACAAUCCAAGCGGGGCAUUGUGGCAAUCAAUUAGGAGUGAAGUUUUUGGAAGUGGUUUGUGAUGAACAUGGUAUCGACCCUAAUGGUUCCUUCCGAGGGGAGAGCGAUUUACAACUUGAGAGGAUAAAUGUCUACUUCAGCGAAGCGACAGGUGGUCGGUAUGUACCUCGCUGUGUGCUAGUAGACCUGGAUUCUGGCACAUUGGAUUCAGUGCGCGCCAGUCCAUUUGGCCGGCUGUACCGCCCUGACAGCUUCGUGUUUGGUGAAAGUGGUGCUGCAAACAACUGGGCCAAGGGCCACUACACUGAGGGUGCCGAGCUGGUAGACCGCGUGCUGGACUUAGCCCGUGUCGAGGCGGAGAGCUGCGACUUGCUGCAAGGCUUCCAGCUUAUACAUUCUAUCGGUGGUGGCACUGGCGGAGGCAUGGGUUCACUAUUGCUCGGCAAGCUGCGAAUGGAAUAUCCGGAGCGCAUUAUCAAAACUUAUUCUGUCAUUCCCUCACCCAAGAUUUCAGAGGUAGUGGUCGAACCCUACAAUGCAGUCUUGUCGUUCCAUUUCUUGAUCGAAAACACAGAUCAGACAUACUGCUUUGACAAUGAAGCACUGCACGAUAUCUGUGUCAACACUCUUCGCCUAUCAUCAGCUUCACUGGAUGACAUGAACCACCUGGUUUCAGCCGUCAUGUCUGGCGUUACUACUUGCAUGCGUUUUCCUGGACAACAGAACACGAGCCUGCGAAAAAUUACAACCAACAUGGUUCCUUUCCCAAGACUACACUUCUUUGUGCCUGGAUUCGCACCUCUUACCGGAGUGAUGGGGCGUCCUUACCGUGCUGUGGGGGUGGCUGACAUCACACGUCAGCUAUUCGAUGCCAAGAACAUGAUGGCUGCUGUGGACCCAACAAAGGGCCGCUAUCUUACGGCAGCCAUAAUUUUCCGCGGUCGCAUGUCCAUGCGGGAGGUGGAUGAGCAGAUGGUGAACGUACAAGAACGAAACAGACGUUACUUCGUUGAAUGGAUUCCAAAUGGUGUCAAGACAGCUGUGUGUGACAUACCUCCCAGGGGCAUGCACAUGGCUGGAACUUUCAUCGGAAACACCACUGCUGUGCAAGAGCUGUUUCGUCGUUUCGGUAAACAAUUCACAGCCAUGUACCGCCGCAAAGCCUUCCUCCAUUGGUACACCGGGGAGGGAAUGGAAGAGUCAGAGUUCAAGGAGGCGGAGUUCAACAUGAACAGCCUCGUCCAAGAGUACUUGGAACACCAAGAGGCAGUUGUGGACCUGGGCUCCGAUGGCGGGGAAGACGACGAUGAGGAUGACGAUGAGUGAAGAAACUGUUGGGCAGCGAAGAAUCUUCCAAGGCAAUUUGUUAUUUCAUAUCUUGAUAAUAUUUAAAUACUUAAAGUAAAAUAUGUACAUUUUU